AUGACCUCCGGCGUUCCUAAGCGGACCCGGUCACGAUUCCGAGAGGACCUACCUGAACUUCCAAUGUCGCCGCCAGACUCUCGCGUUGCGUCGCCUGAGACUGAGCCGCCCAUGCCUGCACUGUCAGAGAGGCACUCUCGAGAACAAGGCGAUAUCGAAGCCUCCAACACGCCACUGCGGUAUGACACGCCGAGCUCGGAGCGAAGAACAAUCGACGAGACUAUGAGGCAGACGCCUACAUCUGUCCAUCGCCUGAACCAGCACUCACCGCAACCGCAGUCAGUCUCCCUGGCAUCAAUUGACUCGGAGGCAUCGUGGUUGUCUGGACGCGUGGGCAAGCGGUCGUCGUCCGGCCUAGGCAUGCGCGACAGCAAUCCCCGUUACCCUUACGCGCAGCAACGGCAGUCCCAGCAGUCCUCUUCCGGCAACAAUACUGAAGAAGAGAUUGAUGAGCAGAUUGCUGACGACGAAUACUUGUCUAAUCUUGCUACUCCGUCCCACGAUACAAAUAUGGCGCAGACCGGCCAUGGCCGCCGAUCAACGGGCGAUGGGCGCCCUAGCAGUGACGAGGAUGAGCACAUGGCUGAUGCCGACAUGAAAUGGGGCUCUGUUAGUGCUCAUCAGACGGUGAUGCACCGGCGGCAGGCCGCCCGAAUCAAGAGCAGCGAGGGUCUACUUAACACGUUUGACGAGGAAAGCAGCUCAUCCAGCGACCUGAUUGAAACGCCCCUGGUAGAGAGCGCGACAAGGGUCAGCUAUGGCAAAAAGGGGCAUGUGCGCCACAUGAGUGCUGGAAGCGCCAAAUUGCUGGACAUCACGCCCCGGGCCAGCAUUGACAGCAAGGGACGAAACCCUACGACUGGCGACCGGAGGUCAAGCGUGCCCCUAUCCUUGUGA